AUGGCCACUGGCAAGAUCCAUCUGUCCAUGGGAUCCUCCAAAAUGGCUGAUGGAUUCCAGAGCAAAGUGGUAGCACCUCGUUUUCCAAAGCUAGUCAGAGAGACAGAGGAGUCUGUAACUCUGACUCCCUCGGCCUUCCUGAAGGAGAUGUCUCUCACCACCGUGCAGAGGCUGGCCAGCACUCGGGAGAUGAGGCGGCCCCGGAUUAUCCAGCUUCUAGACAAGAGUGAAAGCUCCCAUCGAAAGUUCUCCUCAGUUGACCUGGAACAGAGCUUGUUUCAGCCUUUUUCAUCAGAGGUGGUGUUUCAGAACUACGUCCCCUGCGAGGUCUAUGAAGCGCCGCUGAUUCUGAGGAACAAUGACAAGGUUCCUCGGCUGGUGAAGGUCGUCUUGGAGAGCUCACCUUAUUUCAAGUUGAUCGGCCCCAAGGAUGUGUACCGUAAGGUAGCACCUGGCAUGCGUUCCACUUUCCGCAUCCUUUUCACCCCUGAGGAGAACAAGGAUUACUUCCACCAGCUCACCUGCAUCACGGAAAGGGAAAAGUUUGUUGUGCCGAUCCGAGCUAUAGGUGCCCGAGCCAUCCUGGACUUCCCUGACCAGCUGAACUUCAGUGUCUGUCCAGUCAAGUACAGCACCCAGAAAACUUUGCUGGUUCGCAACAUCGGGAACCGGGAGGCCCGCUACCGCAUGAGCACUCAGAGCCCUUUCUCCGUCGAUCCCUCCGUUGGGACUCUUGGGAUUGGUGACGCCAUGCAAGUGACAGUGGAGUUUCACCCACUGAAGACCAGGGACCAUUCCAGGUCCUUGGUAGUUCACUACGACACAGGUGAGGAUGUUCACACAAGCCUUUAUGGAGCAGCUGGAGAUGUCAACAUCAGGCUAGACAGGGACUCCUUGGCAGUUGAGAAGACUUACCUCACGCUGUCAAACCAGAGAUCCGUGGUCAUCCACAAUCAGAGUGAAAUCAUAGCGCACUUCCAGUGGAAGGCUUUUCCUAUGCAGGAAGAGGAGGAUCAGCGGCAGCUGAGACUGUGUCGCAGGCUGCAGAGGCAGGAAGAGGACAGGACGGAUUGCUUCCUCAAGGAAUGCAUGGUGGACCCCGCUCUCCGAGAACGCCUUUCCCUUCUCUCCCGCACCUUCCGGAACCAGAGGGCAAAGGUGCAAGGAGACUACAUGCUUUUCUCCGAUGAUAUCUUCACCGUUGAGCCGGCGGAGGGAGAUGUCUGGCCAAAUUCUUCGGCUGAAAUAAAGGUGACCUUUAAAGCCCGAGAAGCCAGAAUCUAUCAACAGACGGUCUACUGUGACAUCUCAGGCCGAGAGACCAGGCUGCCCCUGCGCAUCAAGGGGGAAGGCAUAGGGCCCCGGCUCCGCUUCAACUUUGACCAGCUGGACAUCGGGAAGGUUUUCGUUGGAUCAGCCCACAGCUAUGAGGCGAUCCUGUUUAACAGAGAAGCCAUCAAUGCUUCCUUCAACUUGGUCCCUCCAGCUACAGCUCUGGGCUCCUGCUUCACCUUUCUCCCCCAGGAGAGCACCAUUUUGCCGGAUGGGCUCCAGGUCAUCCGGAUCUCCUUCAGUUCCACCAUCCUGGGGCAGUUCACUGAAGAGUUCAGUUUCAGUGUGAAUGGAUCCCCUGAGCCUGUGACCUUGACUAUCAGGGGCUGUGUCAUCGGACCGACUUUUCAUUUCAGUGUACCUUCCCUCCGCUUCGGUGACAUGUCCUUCAGCUUCCCUCGCACCUUGGCAUGUCACCUCACUAACACCUCCUUGGUGCCCAUGACUUUCACCCUUCGCAUUCCUGGGGAUGGCUCAGGAGAGCCCAGCGUUACCAGUUUUGUUCAAAUGUCAGACAACGCUCCCCCAUCCUGGAGAAGGGGAGCCCAAGGUUACGUCAAGCCAACCGAAUUUACCAUAACACUGUGCAGAGGGACCAUCCGCUCCCAGGGGGUCAUGGAUAUCGAGGUCACCCUGUGUUCCAACACUGUGAAGAGAUACGAGCUGGCACUGGUGGUGGACGUGGACGGUGUUGGUAAGGAGGUGUUGGCAUUGCCUCUCACAGCCAGGCAAGGUUUGCGGCUUCAUCUCCCCAGCCGCUUGUGGCAGUAA